ACCUGCUGUAUCGAAAAACUGUUUUCCUUUUUUUUUUUUUCUUUUCUAGAAUCUGUAGAUUUUAAAAGGGAAAAUAAUUUGAUGAAAUUCUGAUAAAGUCAAAGCUGGAUAUUUUGCUUUCAGAAACCAAAGGUUAUUUUUGAUGCGGUUUCUUUUUAACUUCAUAGCAUAUUGUUUUGUUGGGAUAUUGAUCUGUAUCUCAUAAAGACAUCAAUCAGCUCUGUUGAAUGAAUGAAUUCAAACGUCACCCCUGCCCAUUUUUAGACUGUUCCCACUCUAUCAGCUCGGCUCAAACGGGGGGUGUUUCUUCAGGAUGGCUGGGUUCAGUUUUAUAUCUACGCGGCACGCUUCCCAACACGGCUGAAAGUGUGUGUCCUGACAACAGGGCAGUGGAAACGCACCAACCCAUAGAAAAAGUAAUUAAGCUGCAUAAGGAAACGCAGAAUCUAAAAUGGAAAAUUUGAAAAUCCUACUAUAAAUAAGGUUUAUUAAACACAGAUUUGUGAGUGUGAGUAUGCAUUCGAUAUCUGAUCGUUUUUUUAUUGAAGAGCAGAAUUGUUGGCGAGCAACUUCUAUGUAGUGAUGCAUUUCUGUGUUAUUUAACCUUUAUGUCGGCAGAGGAAUUGUUCACUAUGCUUCCUUACUGGCUUUUCUAGGUCAGCCAGUGAUCUCCGUCAGGGGUCAGACUGAGUCGGUCACUAGGUUUACACAUCAUAGGUGUGGCUUGCUGCAGGUGUGGAGACCCAGGGGCCCUGAGUGAUCUGCAGUGUGUGUAUGUGUGCGACAGGGGGCUGGGAGCUGGGGGGCGCUGCCCACAGGAGCCCAUACAGUUCCUGCUGAGUCGGGGUUAUUUUCUGCAUCCGGCUGGUUCCCAUCGCUGGCAGUGUCCAGUCUCUGUGGCUGUCAGCUGGGCCGAUGGGAAGCCCAGGGAUGCGGGCACUCUGUGCCAACCUGGGCAACCUAUUGAGGGCCAGCGUGACAGACACAAUGCCAUCCACAGACCUGCUGCGUCAACGGCUCCGGGGUUUCUGCUGCUCUGGUCAGAAAUAGCCCAUAAAUACCCCCUGUCCGUCCCCCCCCCAGCUUCCCCCAAGCCCCCACGACACACUGCCAGGGGAGAAGGAGGAAGAGGAGAAGGUCCCACACAGAAGAAAACCAGGUAAAAAUGACUGAAGCCCCUCUUCAGUCCCCCACCACCCUCCCUUAUGUCCUUCAGCAACCCGCUCGACCUUUCUAAAGGUUGUUCCGGCCUUCAAGAGAACAAGGAGCUUCCGAGCCACUUCCCCAGCGUCACGAUCGAAGCGUCGGAGGAGAAAAAUAACGAUUAAAGACAGAAUCAGUACCUCACCACUAAUUCUGCGAAAGGGCAGAUAAAUGAAUUAGGUUACAGAAGGGAAGAUACUAUUUCCAUGGGACAUGCAAGCUGAGCUGAAUCCCGGAACAGCUGAUCAAAUAAAUUUAAUAUAUUUUCCUGAAUGAGUAGCACGGCUGUCUGGCACCUUCAGGGUUCGAGGCUUGAACCUUGUUCCUGCUCUGUGUGGGAGACUUGUGUGUUCUCCACCUGCCUUGGGCACUUUGCUUGCUGGAACAGACUGCAGGCCCACUAGAGUACUCUGCUAAGUAUUUGAAAGAGGAAUGAAUUUGGUUUACUAAACUGGUAUGGAAUAAUUUUUAAAAAUCUCAAUUAACUCGUUGCAAAGGAUUUCUGAGGCCAUUCUAGCUGUAUGAGAGUGGAGCAGAAACUAUGCAGGGGACCCAAAGGAAUCCGUCUUUAUUUUGGAGCUCAGAAAGUGACCCGUCCUCCACCCUUAUCCUGUGUAGGGAGCAUGUCGGAGCAGCAGGGUGUCCCGGAGCAGCAGAGUGUCCCGGAGCAGCAGGGUGUCCCGGAGCAGCAGGGUGUCCCGGAGCAGCAGAGUGUCCCGGAGCAGCAGAGUGUCCCGGACCAGUGUGCCGCUGGAAAGAGCCAACGCAGCGUGAGCGUUACUUAUAACGUCGUCCUCUUUGAGCUUGAGAAGGUAGAGCGUAAGGUAGAGCUAUCGGCCGGGUGCAGGGAUGUGACACAGAAGACCCUUGAGAAAGUGACUUACAUCGUGGUGGAAUCCGGCCCCUGGGUAGCAUUUGAGUGCCAGGGAUUCAGUGGGGAGCAGUUCAUCCUUGAGAAAGGAGAGAACCCUCACUGGACCAGCUGGACCAACAGCCAGAGAAGCUGCUUGUUAAUGUCCUUGAGACCAGUCAAAGUGGAUGGGCCAGACCAUAAGCUGCUUCUGUUCGAGGUUGCUGGUUUCAGUGGCCGGAAGAUGGAGAUCAUUGGCGAAGACGUGCCCAGCGUCUGGGUAUAUGGUUUCCAUGUCUACGUGGCCAGCAUCAAGGCACUUAACGGAAUCUGGGUGGCCUACAUGUACCCAGGCUACCGGGGCCACCAGUUUGUGCUAGAGAGGGGUGACUACAAACACUGGGAUGAAUGGCAGGGGUCACUGCCACAGAUCCAGUCUGUCAGGCAGGUCCGUGACAUGCAGUGGCACAAACGAGGACGUGUCACCGCCCCUGCCCCCAUCCUCACCCCCACCCCCACUCCACCUGCUUCCUCCACCGCCGGCUCCAGCUGAAGGAAACCCCAAACCCCAAAGUCAAGAAACGGCGCACUCACAAGUGACCAGUGCCCUUAGCUGCUAAUAAAGAUUUCAGCUCUGAAAUGGGCCCCCUUGACUCGUCUACCUUGGUGUCGUCACAUGGGUGUGACCCCCCACCCCAGGUCUCCUGCAGGCUCUCUAGAACAUCCCAUUGUUGUUCUGGUUUUACUGGGCGUGUUAUUGAAUGGUAGAGAAAAGACAACAAAGAAUUCUCUUCUGUUCAUCUUAAGCCAAGCGUUCAAAACACUCUCUCUCACCCACAAACACACACGGAAACUCUACUGGAUGAUGUACUGCAGGUGGAUGUGUUUAUCAUUCACAGGUAUGAAGCGGACACCCGCAACACCAGAAUCUGCAGAGUGCAUAUACUGUAAGCACAGGGCAGAGGAUGUAAAAAUAAAAACAGGAAAGAUGACCGCACCGUCAGCAGUUAUAUUAGAAAUUUCAAGUACUGUUGCUUCCAGGGUAUGUAACUUUGCUGAUAAGGCGCUUAUGUUCACGCACUUGGGGAUGUUUCCUGUUUUUAGUUUGUGGGGCCACUUUGCAGUAACAAUGGCGGUAUCUGGGUGGCUGAGAGCCAUGCAGAGGGCCGUCGGAGCCUGGAAGCGUUCGCUGAAGGGAAGGAGACCUGAGCAAACCUGAUCUGGGAGGUCCUGCCUCUCCAGCACGGACACCAGCCGCCGGCAAAUGAUGUCAGGGCAACGAAAUCGCAGGACUUGUUUUGCACUGAGUUUUGCAUUCUUUGCAAUGUCACAUGUCAUCACCUGAUAAUGUAUUUGGGGUGGAGCGGUGGCAGCAAACCUCCAGGGCUGAGGUUUUGAAUUUCACAUCAUCUGUGUGUGUGUGUGUGUGUCCGAGUGUGUGUGUGUUACAUUGGGGGACCAAAAGCCCCCGGAAUGUGAUGAAAACCUGUUAUUUUGACAUUAUGGGAACCAUCUUUUUGGUCCCCACAAGAGGAAACUCAAUUUUACAAUAAUCCGUGACUGCAAUUGAAAAAAAUGAAAAAUGCCAAAAGUCUUGUAUUUUGUUUGGUUACUUAUAAUUAAGAUUCAUAGAAAUGUGUCCCCACAAAGAUAUGAAUACAAAUGUGUGUGUUCUCCCUCUAUUAAUUGGUUUCCCCCUGCACUCUAAAGACUGAUCUCUCUAUCUUUCUCAUAGACUCUAUACGUACCCUGCUGUGACCAGGGUAAGUGGUUUAAAUGGGUGGAUGAGAAUAUUAUUUCCACUGUAUUUUCGGUCCAUGUUUUUGCCCCCUCCGAACUCCCUACAGAGCUGGGAGGGAGGUAAAAUGUGCACUGUCUGGCAGGGAGCUUGG